CCACUGCACUGCGCUCUAAAGCCUACUGGACAUCUUUGAACGGAUUUUUAGCAGACAGCAACAAUGCGGGUCUCUGCAGGAACAUAGCAGUCUGGAACCCAGCAGGAUUCCCAACAUUCUACUCACUAUGGGAUUCUAUGUAGUCUGAUCUUUAUUUUUUACUUUUGAAUAUUUUAUUCAUAAUUUUUUUUGUGUGCUCUUUUUGUUCCUGUUUUUUUUUAUAUCUGAUGUGGUAUGGCUAAUGUUUCUCUGAUGGAUCUGGGAGUUCUACUUUUAAUUGGACUAGCAGCUGUCUUUGCAAAUGGUUCUUCGGCCCCCAGUAAAGAUGUUGUCGAGAGGGAAGAGUUGGAGACCACUGAGAUGAACUUGGUCUCCAGAUCAACCACAGUGGGUGGGGCCAGCAGUGUGGGUGUGGCCAGCGCUGUAGGUGUGGCCAGCGCUGUAGGUGGGGCCAGCAGCAAUGGGUCCCAGAACAUCACUGAGGCGCGGCGUAGAGACAAGCGCUGCACGUGUUACAGCUACAGAGACAAGGAGUGUGUCUACUACUGUCACCUGGACAUCAUCUGGAUCAACACACCAGAGCGUACAGUGCCGUACGGUAUGUCCAGCUACAGAAGCUCCCAGCGUGUACGUCGCUUCAGUGAGAGGAGGAGGAGGAGGAGAUCUGUGCUCCUCUACUACUCCUGGUGUGGCUCUGUGCUCCUCUACUACUCCUGGUGUGGCUCUGUGCUCCUCUACUACUCCUGGUGUGGCUCUGUGCUCCUCUACUACUCCUGGUGUGGCUCUGUGCUCCUCUACUACUCCUGGUAUCUGUGCUCCUCUACUACUCCUGGUGUAGAUCUGUGCUCCUCUAUGACUCCUGGUGUAGAUCUGUGCUCCUCUACUACUCCUGGUGUGGCUCUGUGCUCCUCUACUACUCCUGGUGUGGCUCUGUGCUCCUCUACUACUCCUGGUGUGGCUCUGUGCUCCUCUACUACUCCUGGUGUAGAUCUGUGA